GAACAGCAGCGCCACGUUGGCAAAAUCGACAAAAUUACAAACUUUGGAUGUCGUGUGGCGGCGAGCGGUCUGAGGGACACAGCGCAGCUCUUCUCUCCGACUCACCUAUUCUCCUGCCUUUUUAACGUUUAUUUAAUAGAUUUUCCAGUAAGCAAAUCUUUUGACAUCAUAUCUUGGAUAGUGCAUUUUAUGUAUAAAUUAUUGUGAACAUAUCGGCGAACAACUACUCACCAGCUUCCAGGUUUUUUUAUCCUUUCGCCGAAGUUGCUAGAAGAAUGGUGAAGGCUGUAGGCUCUGAAAUGCAUAGAGGAACCAGCUUCCAAGAAACAGAGCCUGAAAAUCAGACUCAAGAACCUGAAGGUGGCGGGAAGGAGCAUCCAGUGUCGGAGCCUGGCAUGAUCUGGAAGGUGACCGGUGGCAUCUUCAGCGUCACCAAGGGAGUGGUGGGAGCCACAGUAGGCGGCGUGGCCUGGCUGGGAGGAAAGGGCUUGGAAAUGACCAAAUCUGCAGUGACGAGUGUGCCAGCUGCCGGUGUGGGCUUAGUGAAGGGCGGCGUGUCUGCAGUGGCGGGUGGCGUGAGCACCGUAGGGUCAACGGUGGCCAGCAAAGUACCUUUUAAAGCGAAGAGGAAGGAUAAAGCGGAAUGAACUGGCAGUGUUGGGUGAGCUCUGAAGGGACUAGAAGUUUUAGGCCGUGACUUUCUGUGAUGCGUCCAUAUGUGUCUGCUUUGGUUUGUGUCUGCUUCUUGUUUUUUUUUUUUUUUUUUUUAGUUUUCAUUUUCAGUAUUAAGAGUUUUGUUGUAAAACAAUAUUUGUAUAUUUUUUAAACAAACCAGCAAAUGCGUAACCUUCAUUUCAAGCUGCACAUGUUCAACGCAGCAACGUGUUUAUAGUGCCUCCCAAGACGUGCGUCGCACAUUUGGAAUUAUGACUGGGGUUGGGAGUUUCUCUCCAGGAUUCAAGAAUCUUUCAGUUGCCCAGCUCCACCAGAUUUUUGACUCAUGUAAGAAUGUGCCUUUUAGUUUCUUAAGUAUCCAUGAGAGUGUGAAAUGCAUCACCUCUCUGCCUUGACCUGUGGGCCUUUUCUAAGAAUAACGUCUUUGUGUUUGUUUGCAACAGCUCUUUGAUAUUUAGGGGAAGGGCAUGAGCUGUGGAUGUGAUGUUGUUAACUUGUACUUUGGACUGUGGGACGGGUUGGAGACACGGAAGGGUGGUGAGUUGGUCAUUUAUGCCUGACACAACUGUUGAAUUUUUUUGUAUUAUUUCACUAAUAAAUAUGGGAAAAAAAGAAGGGACUGUGAGACUUAAAAGAAAAAAUGUGGAGAAAUUGGAAUGAACUGCCAAGAGGCUAAAUAAUCCAACUACAUAUACAUUUAUUCACUGGCAGCCCCUAGUGUGUUGUCUCAACUGCCCCCUCAGAUCAUUACAUUGCCCUCAUUUGACAGCCCACCUGGUCUGCCCAAGGCUUUGGACUGCCCUGCUUGUUGAGACUUUCCUGCAGCGUCACCCACAUGCCCCACCAAGUUGUUUUUGUCUUUACGUUUUUUAGAAACUAAUAGAAACGUCUGCUGUUGCUUUUCACACACAUCCAGUGUGGUGCUCUCACCUUCACUGCAGCCUGUGAGGUUUCCAGAUCUUUCUGAGGCAAGUAACACACAGGUCCAAUUUCAUCAGCCUUUUGAUUUUGUUCGACAUUGUCCUCCCAGGGGUUAAGACUGAGCUGCCAAGGCCUUGAGAAUUCCAUUUUAUUUCUGGGUUUUGCCUUAUGGGGCUUGUUGUUGUAGCAUGCAUUUGCCUGCACAGGGACCUGGGAAUCCCAUAAGGUGCGGGUUGGUGAGCAUAUUUAUAGAAUCAGUUGAGGGUUUGGUUAGUAAUUAGUGUCACAGUGGGAUGCUAAAAAGCAAGGAAACAAAAAUGGGCAACAUAGGGCUUCUUUUUUGUUUUUGGAAUGAGCCCAACCUUUGUUAAAUUUUGUAAUAAAAGAAGACUUUUUCAUUGGA